GGAGAUCACGUGACCCAGUCGGUUCUCCGAGGUCCUUCCCGUACAGUCUCCCUCAAUAGCCGCUUCAGGACGGUGAAUAGCCGCGGUGCUAACAUGCUUCGAGCCGUAUUCCGACUGUCUGCCUCGGGGGCCCGAAGUCUGGCCCGGCCCCGACCCUCUUACUCAGCUCCACUGGCCUCCAGGUGUUACUCUCACGGCAAGGUGGAGACAGAUGAGGAGUUCGAUUCCCGCUGGGUCACUUACUUCAACAAGCCUGACAUCGAUGCCUGGGAGCUGAGGAAAGGCAUGAACACCCUGAUCGGCUACGACCUGGUACCUGAAGCCAAGAUCCUGGAUUCAGCUCUGAGAGCUUGCCGGCGACUGAACGACUUGGCGAGCGCCAUCCGCAUUCUGGAGGCUGUCAAGGACAAGGCAGGCCCCCACAAAGACAUCUACCCCUACCUGAUACAGGAGCUGAAGCCCACCCUCACAGAACUUGGCAUUUCAACACCAGAAGAGUUGGGAAUUGACAGGUUGUAGACUGUCAAGGUCCCUACUUGUACAAAGAGACGAGUUCUCCCGAUCCCCACGGCCGGAAAAAUGUCUAUAUUGUUAAUUAAAUCCAUGCUGUCCUGUUGUGUUCAAAAUGGUGGACCUAAUAAAGAAAGCAGUAAAUGAA